UUGUAAUGGGAAUCACUGUAACAGGAUUUUACAGUACGAUGUUCAAGGGAAACCAUAUAUUAUAUGGAUAAUCACACGUCAGACGAUAUACGAAUGAAAAAAUUUUCUUAAAGGUCGAUUAAUUUUUCUCCAAGUGAAAAAAAAAUUCAUAAGAAAUCUAAUUAAAUUUAAUUUUAAAAAAGAGCUCAAUUGACUCACCUUUUUAUUUCAUUAUUUCAUGGGCUAUUAGUUACAAGAUUUUAUUUGAUAAUUUAAUUAAUUAUAUUAGGUGGAACUAUUUUCUAUUGUCCGCCUCGUUUUUGGCAUUGUUGCUGCUUUUUGGAACGCAUAGCCGCAAACAUUCUUGUCAUAUAAUUUAAUUAUUAUUUAUUAUUUAAUUAAGUCAUCUACGAGGUAUUGUAAUUUUUCUUUUCGUAUCGUUCACUAAGGAAUCGAUGCUUGUUGUCUAAAUUCGGAAUAUGAGAUGGCCAGAUUUGUAGCGAAUUUAAUUAUUUAUUUAUGUUUAUUAUGUAGUAGUAUUAAUGCUAAUGAAAGUGAUGAUAAUAAUGAUCAAAAUGUAGCAUCAAAAGUAGUAUAUAAGAGACCUGAAAUCACUGGUUUUACAUAUUUAAUAGAAACAUUUGAUGAUGAAGAAAAAUUUAAAGAACAUUGGAUUUUAUCUGAAGCUAAAAAAGAUUCUAUAGAUGAAGAUAUAGCAAAAUAUGAUGGAAUUUGGUCUAUAGAAGAACCUAAAAAGCAUGCUCAAGAGGGAGAUCUAGGAUUAGUGCUUAAAAGUAAAGCUAGACAUGCUGCUAUAUCUACUAAAUUAUUUACACCAUUUUAUUUCAAUGAUAAACCAUUAAUUGUACAAUAUGAAGUGAAUUUUCAAGAUAGUCAAGAAUGUGGAGGAGCUUAUUUAAAAUUGCUUACUUUACAUCCAGAACAUCAAGAUUUAAAAAAAUUCCAUGAUAAAACUCCUUAUACUAUAAUGUUUGGUCCUGAUAAAUGUGGAAAUGAUCAUAAGCUACAUUUUAUCUUUCGACAUAAAAAUCCUUUAAAUGGUUCUAUAGAAGAGAAGCAUUGCAAAAAACCAAGAGAGCGUUUAGAAGAUUUUUUCAAAGAUAAGCAACCUCAUCUAUAUACUUUGAUCAUUCGGCCAGAUAAUAGUUUUGAAAUUAAGAUUGAUAAUAAAAUAGUAAAUUCUGGAUCCUUGUUGGAUGAUUUUACUCCACCAGUCAAUCCACCUUUGGAAAUAGAAGAUCCAACUGAUAUUCAACCAGAAGAUUGGGAUGACAAAGAAAAAAUUCCUGAUCUAUCAGCUAUUAAACCAGAUGAUUGGGAUGAAGAUGCUCCAGCACAAAUUGUUGAUGAAGAUGAUAUUAUGCCUGAAGGAUGGCUUGAAGAUGAACCACCAAUGAUACCUAAUCCUGAUUCUGUAAAACCUGAUGAUUGGGAUGUUGAAAUGGAUGGAGAAUGGGAACCUCCAGAAAUUCCAAAUCCAAAAUGUGCUGAUGCACCUGGAUGUGGAUUAUAUAAGCAAAAAAUGAAAAAAAAUCCUCGCUAUAAAGGCAAAUGGUCACCACCUUUGAUUAAUAAUCCAAAUUAUAAAGGCAAAUGGAAGCCAAAAUUAAUACAUAAUCCUAAUUAUUUUAAUGAUGAACAUCCAUUCCAAAUGAUGCCUAUCUUUGCUGUAGGCUUUGAACUUUGGUCAAUGUCUACAGACAUCCUCUUUGACAAUAUUAUUAUUACUCAUGAUGAAGAAGUAGCAAAAUAUUGGGCUGAUAAUACAUUUGAAGUUCGUCGCGCUCAAAUUGCAGAGGAAAGUGUAACUUUAUGGGGUCGAAUAUUGAAAGCAACAAAUUAUAAACCAGGCUGGUGGGCAUUGUAUUUUAUAUAUUGUGCAAUACCAGUUAUAUUAUAUAUUUGGUAUCUACUAAAACGAAUUCGUGAGUGGAGUGUAUGGCGUCAAAUUGGUACAUUUACUGCAGAACAUCCUUGGAUAUGGGGUAUAUAUAUAAUAGCUCCUGGCUUGCCCAUAUUGCUAGUAAUAUAUUGUUGCUGCUUUGCUUCUCAGGAUAAAUAUGAUUUAAAAGAUGAUGAUAAACAAUCUUUAGUGACAAAUGAACAAGUAGUAUUAAAACAAGAAGAAACAGAAAAUCUACCACCUAGUACUGAAGUAGAAGAAGAAAUUGAAAAACUAAAUGAAAAUGAAGAAAUUAUAGAAAGUGAAGAAAAUGAUAAACCAGAAAUAGGUAGUGAUGGACCACGACGAAGAAAACCAAAUAAAGAAUAGAAUGAAAUGAAAUUAAAUGAAAUAAAAAAAUUCGUACUACUAAGGUAUUUAUGUAACACUUACAUUCCACUUGAACACUUGCCAUUGUGAACAUUAGAAUUUUUUCAGUAUCUAAUUACAUAUAAUACAAUUCACUAGAAUUCAGAUUUUUAUCUAAAAAUUAAUUAGAUAUUUUUUUGAUUCUCAUGUGUGUAAUUUUUUAUUAAGUCAUAUUUUUUUUAGCAAAUAAUUAUCACAUUGAAGCAUGUUACUCACGUGUAUGAAUGAUACAAAUACUUAAAAAAAAAAAAGCAAAAAAUUUGUAAGAAUGAUGUUUGAUGUAAUUUAUGCGCCAUUAUAAUGUGUAGCAAUGUAAUUUUUGUUAUUGUACAUUAAAAAAAUGAAAUAAUAGAA